AGGUGGCAGCACCGGCUGUAGCCCCAGAGGGGCCCAUCGCAGUCCGAGUGUUGCCCUUGGGGCGAUGCGGGGCACGUGGCUCAACAGAGGCGGGAGUCCAGGCGGCCACCCUCUGAGAGGGUUUUCCUUGCCAGUGGAUUGUGUAGAAUACACUGCCAGUCUCUUGUCUUCUGUUCACCAUGGCUUCUUCUGAUAUCCAGGUGAAAGAACUGGAGAAGCGUGCCUCAGGCCAGGCUUUUGAGCUGAUUCUCAGCCCUCGAUCAAAAGAGUCCGUCCCAGAAUUCCCCCUUUCCCCUCCAAAGAAGAAGGAUCUUUCCCUGGAGGAAAUUCAGAAGAAAUUAGAAGCUGCAGAAGAAAGACGCAAGUCCCAUGAAGCCGAGGUCUUGAAGCAGCUUGCUGAGAAGCGAGAGCACGAGAAAGAAGUGCUUCAGAAAGCGAUCGAGGAGAACAACAACUUCAGCAAAAUGGCGGAGGAAAAGCUGACCCACAAAAUGGAAGCCAACAAAGAGAACCGAGAGGCCCAGAUGGCCGCCAAACUGGAGCGCUUGCGGGAGAAGGACAAGCACAUUGAAGAGGUGCGGAAGAACAAAGAGUCCAAAGACCCUGCCGACGAAACCGAAGCCGACUAAUUUGUUCUGAGAACUGACUUUCUCCCCUCCCCCUUCCCAAAUAUCCAAAGACUGUACUGGCCAGUGUCAUUUUAUUUUUGCCCUCCUGACAAAUAUUCUAGAAGCCGAUGUAGGACUGUAUAGGUAGAUCCAGACCGUAUGAUGUUGUUUUAGGGGCUAAAGGGGAGAAACUGAAAGUGUUUUACUCUUUUUCUAAAGUGUUGAAGUCUUUCUAAUGUAGCUAUUUUUCUUGUUGCAUCUUUUCUACUUCAGCACACCUGGUGUGCUGGGUUAAUGGCUAGUACUGUAUUGGCUCUGUGAAAACUUGUUUGUGAAAAGAGUAUGUAGUGGCUUCUUUGAAACUGUUAGAUGCUGAAGAUCUGUUCACUUUUAAAUCCCAAUUCUGUCCCCCUCUUACCAGAUGCUACUGUACUUGAAUGGUUAAUAAAACUGCACAGUGCUGUUGUUGGCA